GCAUUUCUUUCGGCAGAAACAGCGGCGGAGGACCGCAGAAAAGCGAUUGGAGCGAAAGUCCGAAAAAAAGCAUCAGCUGUCUGCUGAAAGAUGGGUUUCGUCAUCCCACACGGACCCAGAGGAACUCUGUGCACUGGUAACUUCGGGGGUAACUGUGACUCCAGCUGGGGGCGAGAAGAAGGCGGGAGAAGAGCGCUAGUCGAGGUAGCCCGAACUGGAACUUACGAAGACAAAACGUGAGUGGAAGGGAGAAGAGCGGCCACACAACUUCAGAGAUUUAUUUCUUCAAACGAGGAGAAACACCCUUGUUUCCGCGACUGAGUUCUCGGGAUUUGAAUACAAAUACUCUGGAGCGUUUCUCAGCUGCUCAAGACCAAGGAGGCGUCGCUCGCACGACCCUGUCUAGCCGGGUCCUUCCGUUUCCCCUUUUUGACAAAGGCCAGCGGACAAGAUGUGGUGCCUUCGCUUCUCUCUAGUUUUUCUCUCGGCCACUUGUCUCGCCUUCUCAACGCGCAGCCCCGUGCUCGCAGCGCAUACAUCCGCAAGUCACGUCGCCGAUGACACAGACGCAGACGUGACGCUGAAACUCGUCAAGAAGAUCGACGAGCCCGCAUACACGCCACCUCGUCCACAGGCAACCGAGCAGUCACAGCCAUCAGAACCAUCUCAACCAGCACCCCAACCGCAUCCAAGCGACCCUGUGCCUGUACCGCGCCCUUCCUUGACGUCGGCUGAAGUGGUGGCCUCUUCGUCCUUCGAUUUCAGGUGGUUUACGUACACAGUCUGCAAGAAGCCGUACGUGCGACUGCACAGAACCACAACAGACGUGCGACUGCAUGUGCUCAAAGUGUUGAACAAGGGUCUUGAAGUUCUCGGCAGACGCCCCGCACAAGGUGGAGAUGACGCUACACUGAUCUACAUGUGUACCCUGGCUGUCGGCUUCACCGACGCCUAUCGCGCUAUGCGGCAGGCGUCUCGGGGCGCGACGGAUGCUGCCGACGAGACCGGCGUCUCCAUUCCGCUUGGUCAGUGGUUUGCGAAUACUCUCAAGUCGGAGGGGGACACGGGAAAGAAAACAAAGAGGACCAAGGCGUUCUACAACAAAUGCUCGUUCAUCGCGGAUCGUGUGAACUCGAUCCUGACGACGGCGGACUACCGGAUGCCGGCGAGUGCAACGGUGUCUCCUCCGACUGCGUUGGCGUCGCAUAUGAAUGGAUCUUUCGACGAAUUUACAGACAAUUCCGACAAGCAAGUCGCGCACAUCGUUGGGCACUGCCUGCGGGAGAAAGAGGCAUUCAAGGGCAAAUCGUGGACGGUGAUUCACCAUACUCUGAUCCAAGUUUGGACGACUCUUCACUACAUGGCCGGUUGCGCGAUGCGCAUGCUGCCUCUGCCUGAACGCGAGAAAGUCGCACUCCUUGUGGCGCAGCAGACGAUGCUGAACCACGAACAGACGCCGACGUUCUACAGCUUUUUGACGAAGUUCCAGGAUUUCGCUGCCACUGGGAAAAAGUCCGGCUAUUUUCCUUCCGCUAAAGAUAUGCAGAGAAGCGUCACAUGCGGGCCGGCCUCACCCUCUUCCGAAGAGUGGUCACCGACAGAACCUUCGAUCGCCACGGCCUUCCUGUUGGACUUCAGCGCCAUCCUCCAGUAGAGCCGGUUCGAGAGCAUCUGAGCACAGGACUCACAAGAGCGUUAGGCGAUGCCAGUUGUGUGCUCAUGUCACUUGAUUUCGGCUAUAAUCUCUUUUUUGUCAAACUUUCUGCUCAAAUCAGCAAGAUCCACAUCCAUAUGUGUCCAGUUGAAUGCAUCUCGCAUCAUCAGUGUAUGCAU